GCUCCUUUGGACCGUUCGCCACCACCAGCUGUCCCACACUUCACGAAUUCCCCAUUUUACCCUUCUCACCUCUGACGCCAUCACUUUCACUGCACCAGCACACCCUACCAGUAAACUUCCCCACUCUCCAUCUCACUCUUUGAACAAGGACCCAUGUCUCUCGCUGGCGCACUCGACCUUUUCGAUCAUUCGCCGUCCCUUUUCUCUCUGUUUUGCGAAGAGCCGGAGCUUUCAUUCCCCUUUGAUGUCUUUGAGCCAACUCCCGUCCUCCCUGGUUUAUUUCUUUCACCUUUUGAUCAGGCUUUUGAUGCUGUUACAGAUGUGACCCGCCUCUUGGAAACGCCGUUUUCGUCGCGUUAUCGGAGGAUCGGAGCUACAGAUGAGUUGGAACUGUGUUCCGGGGCUUUACUUGAUCGGAUUUCUGGUUUGGAGUUCGGUACUGACCGGUUUAAGCAAUGGGAUAGGAAGUACAGGUGGAAGGCUGAGAUAAAGAGUUCGGAUAAGAGUGAAGCAAACCGGAAGUACCAAUAUACGGCUGAGAUCAAGGGUUCGGGGGGGAGGAAGUACGAGUGGACGGCUGAGAUUGAGAGUCCGGAGAAGAAUGGGACUGAUAGGAAGUACAAGUGGACGGCUGAGAUGAUCAAGGGAGGGAACGUGGGAAACGUUGAGAAGAAGAAACAAUGCAAGGUUGAGAUUCAAGGUACGCAGAAGAAGGAAGUGCCACUCAAGAUUAAGGUGUUGGGAUCCCAAGCGGUAGGUAAGGAGGAGACAAAAGGAGAGUGUUCGGUGCGUGUGGUGGAGAUCGAAGAGCCUGCAGAUCAUGCGGCCAUGCUUCUCAGACAAGCUUUCGGGAGGAGAGCUGGAGCAGUGGCCAGAUUAAGAGGGAAAAGGAAGGUAUUAUCACCGGACGAAGCGGCGCUGGUGAUAGAGAGGACCUUCAGGGCGUAUGUCAUCCGUCGGUCAAAGGCUUUACGAUCUUUGCGAGAGCUGGCCGUGGCAAAGGCUAAGUUGAAGGAAAUCAGGGCAUUGUUUAAUAACUACUCUUACAGGCAGAACAUUGCCCGCGAUGCCGAGGAGCGCCAGCGCUUCUCUGAGCGUAUUAUCGCCCUUGUCCUUACUGUUGAUGCUAUUCAGGGUGGUGAUCUUAUGGUUCGAGGUGCAAGAAGGUCCAUGCUGGACGAGCUGGAAGCAAUGCUAGAUGCUGUCGACCCCCAUCCUUCUGGUAAACUGGGUUUGUUAAAGUGGCAAGCAGUUUGAUCUGCCUGAAAUUGCAGGAGUGGCAGAGGGUUUUAUAUGCUUGAUCAAGCAGAGAAGCAUGACAAUAAUGCCUUUGAAGUGUGUUUAUGAUCUUUGAAGUUUGCUUUUCUAUCUGGUGAACGCUUUGCUGAUCUAAAAAUAGUCCUUGUGUCGAUGGUGUAAAGGAUAAAUGGCACUGGAACUUCCCAGUGAUCUUUUAUUCGUAGCAUGGUAGCAUCUGCAGUUCUGUUUUGUAUAUGGACUAGUCUAUGAAACUUUCUUCUAUAAUCUAUGUUAUUUUGUGUGUUCCUCCCCUUUUCA